GGGCGGCGGCGCCGGCUCCUGCCUCUGCCCCCCGUCUCUGGAAGCCUGGGCAGCAAACGCUCCUCAUGUCUCCCAGAUAAAAAUAAAAGCGACUCCCUCCUCCCGGCCGCAGAGUGUCCCCGCGCCCGGCCCGACGCGGGGCUGAGCCGGCCCCGCCGCCCGGCAGCGCCUCGCCCCGCCGCCCAGAGCGCCGGGCCGCGCCGCCGCCCAUGGACAUCGCGACGGGUCCCGAGUCCUUGGAGAGGUGUUUCCCGCGGGGCCCGCCGGACUGCGCCAAGAUGCUGGACGGUAUUAAAAUGGAAGACCACCCCCUGCGUUCGGGGCCGGCCACGCUGGGAGUGCUGCUGGGGUCGGAGUGCCAGCACCAGGCCGUCUGCGAGGGCUGCCAGCGGCCCAUCUCGGACCGGUUCCUGAUGCGGGUGAACGAGUCCUCCUGGCACGAGGAGUGCCUACAGUGCGCCGCUUGCCAGCAGGCGCUCACCACCAGCUGCUACUUCCGGGACCGCAAGCUCUACUGCAAGCAGGACUACCAACAGCUGUUUGCUGCCAAGUGCAGCGGCUGCAUGGAGAAGAUCGCCCCGACAGAGUUCGUGAUGCGAGCCCUGGAGUGUGUGUAUCACCUGAGCUGCUUCUGCUGCUGUGUGUGCGAGCGCCAGCUGAGGAAAGGGGAUGAGUUUGUCCUCAAGGAAGGGCAGCUGCUCUGCAAAAGUGACUAUGAGAAAGAGAAGGACUUGUUGAGCUCGGUCAGCCCAGACGACUCAGACUCAGUUAAAAGUGAUGAUGAAGAUGGAGAUGUUAAGCCCACUAAAGGCCAAGUAACCCAAGGAAAAGGAAGCGAUGAUGGGAAGGACCCAAGAAGACCUAAGCGACCAAGGACAAUACUUACUACACAGCAGAGAAGAGCAUUCAAAGCAUCCUUUGAAGUGUCUUCCAAGCCCUGUAGAAAGGUCAGAGAAACACUAGCAGCUGAAACAGGGCUCAGCGUGCGAGUCGUCCAGGUCUGGUUUCAAAACCAAAGAGCAAAGAUGAAAAAGCUGGCGCGAAGGCAUCAGCAGCAGCAGGAGCAACAGAACUCACAGCGACUAGGACAAGAAGUAAUGUCCAACCGAAUGGAAGGGAUGAUGACAUCUUACACACCACUUGCACCACCACAGCAGCAGAUUGUAGCAAUGGAGCAAAGCAGUUAUGGCACAGACCCGUUUCAGCAGGGUCUUACCCCUCCACAAAUGCCAGGCGACCACAUGAACCCCUAUGGAAAUGACUCCAUUUUUCAUGAUAUCGACAGUGAUACCUCUUUAACUAGCUUGAGCGACUGUUUUCUUGCCUCUUCUGAAGUUAACUCCAUGCAGGCUAGAGUAGGAAACCCCAUUGACAGGCUGUACUCUAUGCAGAGCUCCUAUUUCGCCUCAUGAAAAUAAGAAAACAAACAGCCGGCGUGUGUUUAGCCAGUGACUUUUCCAGUGCAGACUCUACAGCCAUAUGUUGCCCAGCUCUUCCUUCACAGUGACUCUGCUGCCUCUGGACUGCAAAGAGCAUUUUUUUAGGAAGACUGUCUCUGUUUGCAUAUAUGUGUAUGUAUGUAUAUAUACUUUAAUACCUACCUACCUACAUACAUAUAUAGAGAAACAAAACACAUCCACCCAUACCCUUGAUUCCCAGCCUGCACCAGACCACGAGACAAGCACGGAAGGAACAGAAGAACCUGCUCGUCCUCAGCCUUUGAUUUGGUUUGGUUUGAGCUCGUCAUCUUAAAGGAAAUGGAUUUUGUGGAAAGCUAGACCUUUUCCUCCUUUCUCUCUUCCUUUCUUUUGGAUGUUUAAACUUUUUUUUUUUUUUAAAGCCGCUGAUACUGACAUCAGUUGACCAUAUGACAAAUAAAUCAAAGAAACUGGA